CCAGCUCAGUUCUCUCCCAGCAGCCAUAGGGAGUGUAUUUCUGUCCACGUUGGCCAGGCUGGUGUCCAGAUGGGCAACUCCUGUUGGGAACUGUAUUGCCUGGAGCAUGGGAUCGAGCCAGAUGGCAUCAUCUCCUCCAGCACAACUUCAGGGCGAGCUGACUCUUCCUUUGGGACCUUCUUCAGUGAGACAGGAUCAGGGAAGUAUGUCCCCAGAGCAAUAUUUGUGGACCUGGAGCCCUCUGUCAUUGAUGAGAUCAAGACUGGGACCUACCGCACACUCUUCCACCCGGAGCAGCUCAUCAGUGGCAAAGAAGAUGCUGCCAACAACUAUGCUCGAGGCCACUACACCAUUGGGAAGGAGAUCAUCGACUCUGUUGUUGACAGGGCUCGGAAAAUGACUGACCAGUGCAGUGGCCUCCAAGGAUUCCUGGUCUUCCACAGCUUUGGGGGAGGCACAGGCUCCGGGUUCACCUCCCUCCUCAUGGAGAGGCUCUCCGUGGAGUACAGCAAGAAAUCCAAGCUGGAGUUCUCUGUGUACCCAGCCCCACAGGUCUCCACAGCGGUGGUGGAGCCCUACAACUCCAUCCUCACCACUCAUACCACCCUGGAGCACUCAGACUGCUCCUUCAUGGUGGACAACGAAGCCAUCUAUGACAUCUGCAACCGCAACCUGGACAUCGAGCGUCCCACCUACACCAACCUCAACAGGCUGAUUGGGCAGAUUGUCUCCUCCAUCACCGCCUCCUUGAGAUUUGAUGGUGCUCUGAAUGUUGACCUGACUGAGUUUCAGACCAACCUGGUGCCCUACCCACGG